AUUAUGCAUGUUUACCAAAGUUCAUUUAAGCCUUGAACUUAAGGUGUCAACUUUAUUCAAGACAAAUUAUAUUACAAAUAUUAAUCUUAUAAUCUGGAACGUAAAUAUUGUGAAUAUGAUUGGUAUCUUCUAAAAAUUAACAAAUUUCACCAUAUUUCUAUAAAGGUGCGUUUUUAGCCUGUUUAUUAAUACUUUCGAUUGUUUAAUAACAGUUGUGAAUCUGAAGGCAACAUUCAAUCAGCGAAUCAAGUGUAUUCAAUAUGGCUGCUUUAACCAGAACUACGAGUUUGAAGAUUAGCCGAGGAGCUUUUCAGUUUCUUAGGAAGCAGAUUCCAUCCUGCCAGGUACCAGUACGGAGACUAAAUCUUCAUGAGUAUCAAAGCAAGCAGUUAAUGAAUGACAAUGGAAUAACAGUUCAACGAUUUAAGGUUGCUGAUACUCUACAGCAGGCUGAAGAAAUUUCUAAAACAUUAAAUGUUAGAGAGUUUGUUAUUAAGGCUCAGAUCCUAGCAGGUGGUCGUGGUAAAGGUACUUUCUCCAGUGGGCUACAAGGUGGAGUAAAGUUAACAACAAACCCUAAAGAAGUAACACCAAUUGUAGAACAAAUGCUUGGACAUAAACUAGUAACCAAACAAACGACUGCAAAUGGAGUACUUGUUAGAAAGGUAAUGAUAGCAGAAGCCCUAGACAUUGAGAGAGAAACAUACUUGGCAGUUUUAAUGGACAGAGAGACUAGUGGACCAGUCAUAGUGGCCAGUCCAGCUGGAGGUGUGGACAUUGAGGAAGUAGCACAGACCAAUCCAGAGCUUAUAUUUAAGGAAUCAGUUGAUAUUGUGAAAGGUCUAUCCAAUGAACAAGCAAGAAAACUUGCUGAAAAUUUGGAGUUUAAAGAAGAACUAAGGGACCAGGCUGCAAAUCAAAUAAAGAAACUUUAUGAAUUAUUUCUCAAAGUUGAUGCUACACAAGUGGAGAUUAAUCCCUUUGGAGAAACGCCAGAUGGACGAGUGGUUUGUUUUGAUGCCAAAAUCAACUUUGACGACAAUGCAAUGUUUCGUCAGAAGGAAAUCUUUGCAAUGGAAGACUCGUCUGAGAGUGACCCUCGGGAAGUUGAAGCCACUAAAUAUAGUAUUAAUUAUAUAGGAAUGGAUGGAAACAUAGCUUGUCUAGUUAAUGGUGCUGGGCUUGCAAUGGCCACUAUGGAUAUCAUUAAACUGUAUGGAGGAGCUCCAGCUAACUUUCUUGAUGUUGGUGGAGGAGUCCAAGAGGACCAAGUAUACCAUGCCUUCAGAAUACUUACACAAGAUACUAGGGUAAAAGCCAUAUUGGUGAACAUCUUUGGUGGAAUAGUAAACUGUGCUACUAUAGCUAAUGGAAUCACCAAUGCAUGUAAAAGUAUUGGUCUGAAAGUUCCAUUAGUGGUGAGAUUAGAAGGUACUAAUGUAGAUGAAGCUAAAAGAAUCCUCUCUGAAAGUGGACUUCCAAUCACGACAGCCAAUGAUCUGGAUGAUGCAGCUAAAAAGGCUGUAGACAGUCUACCUAUUUAGUAAUAUUGAAAGAUUCCUAGAGAUGAAAAUGUUAUAUGUAAUAAAUAAAGUGUUUGUAAAGUUCUGUUAAAAGCUGUAUUUCUGAUAUUUCCAUUUUAUGAUUUUUUUUAGAAACAUUAUAAAAAUUGAAAAUAAUGAGAGGGUUUUCCUUUGCAGGAAUAAAUGGUUCUAGUUCUAAUAUAUGUUGUGUAUACAAUUCUGAAUAUUAGUUUCUUAUUUUCAAGUUUUGUUGAAAUUUUGUGUUUGAAAGUAUUUAUAGUUGUUCUAAGAACUUAUGAAUGGAAGUAAAGAAGAAUAUGUUAUAAUAUAUCAACCACACUACAUCUGCCAUAUCCUUUCAGACAGUUAGUUAUGGCAUAGACCAAUGGUUCUUAACCUUGUUUUGCUCCAUGCCCCACCUCGACAUCUCAAAAAAUUGGAUGCCCUCUUAAUAUAAAAACAAAUUUGGUGUUUAAAAUGUAUAAUAAUGUAAUGUACAAUUUAGAAAUUUACCAAAAUUUCACACACAAAUAAAAAUUUUUCUUAUUGUAGCAUUUUCAAAUUGCCCCCCUGUGGGGCGUGUGCCCCACGUUCAGAAUCACUGGCAUAGAUGAUUUGAAAACAGAUAUUUAUCUGAAAUAAAAAUACGUAUUGAAAUUUUAUGAAGUGGUUAAAUAAACUGUAAAUUCUCACCAUUACCAUAGGAACAAAUUCAUUCAUGCCUAACUUCAUAAUCUGUAAUCUUAGCAGAAAAAGAUGCAUGAAAUUAUUUCAGAACAUUAGGUUAUAUUUCCUGUUUUAAACUUUUAGCUUUGAGUUUCAGUAUAAAGAUAAAGGAAAAUAAAAAAUGAAUUUGUGUUUAUUAGUAAAAUCAACCAAAAACCACAGAGUAAUGAUUAUCAGUUGCUUUAUUAAAUAAAUCUAUAUACGUAACCUAGCUAGUAUCAAAAAUACAUCAACAGUCUAACUAGAAGCAAGAUAAUUUUUUAUACUUUUCUUUCUUAACAGAUUUUUGUAUACAUUUUUUUUAAUGUGAAAGAAAUUGGUUAAUAAAAAUUGAAAAUAUAGUAAAAAAAAGAUUAAAAAUCAUUGUAAGAAAGUAUUAACUUGUCAACACUUUGGUCAAAUGACCAUUUUAUUCUUUUUUCCAUACAGUGAUUUUUAUCAUGCUCUAGCCACAAUUGUUUAUAAAUUGGUUGUUAAGAGCUUGCUGAAUUUAAUCGUCCUCAUAAUUGAUAUUUACAAAACUUGUGUUUAAGAAACUAAGUUGUAGCUCGUAUUUUAUCCAUUCCUUCCUAGUGAAGAACACUAGUAGUUUGAAUGUCCUUUUUUUGUUUUGUUUACACAAAGUGGAUAACAUUUUAGAAGAAACCCUGAAGUUGAAUAAUAUCAAAAGAACGCUGGAAAGUUGGAGUUAGAAUGUAAUGUUUUGAUGAAACUUGUGUUACUUAACACAAACAGAGGAAACAGUUUGAAGUUUGAUAUGGUUUUUGAAAAAAAUGUUUUGAAACAACAUUCAUGAUAAAUUUGGAGUAUUAGCAACAAAAUAUAAUCAUCUGUUACAUUCCAAAAAUCUUUGCAGUUGUAAAAUAGCCACAUCAGUAUAUAAGCUUUAUUUUAUAGGGUAUUCAGUGUUACCAUCAUCACCCAAAAUUUAUUACAAAUGAAGCUUUCAUUUUAAAUUGAAUUUGACUAAUUGUGGUAGUAUGAAUUGUUAAAGUGGGUUAACUCUUUUUACUCAUUUACUAGAGAGUAUGCUUAGUGUGCAAGAUCUUAGUCAGAUCCAAUAAUGAGCCCAGGAAAUAGAAAAAAAAUUUGAUUACCACAGAAAAAUGAUCACUUGAUGUGUCAAAUUGAUCAUUUUUAUAAAACUGGUGAAAAUUUUAAUUUAAUUUCUCUGAAUAACCUAAAAUGUUGAAUAAUUUAAAAGUAUGAAAGUUGUGUUCUUGUUUGAUUUUUUUGAAAAAUGUCAUAAUAUAGCAAGUGCUUUAAGGUAAUUGGUAAUGAAGGACUUCACUUGGCAGGAUAAUAUAUUUUAACUUGUGCCUUGGAUUUUACAGAAGAGAUGAAUCUUGGGUAUUUUUACUGUUGUACUGAGAAUAUUUUGCAUAAAGCAAUAAUACAUAUAAUUUUUCUUUUAGCUAUAAGUAACAACGUUUUUAAAAUAUUAUAAUGUGGAAAUAAUGUAGAUGUAAUUACAAACUUUAAUUUGAGUACUUAUUUUAUCAAAUAUCAUAGUUAAAUACUUCCUACCAUUUUAGAAAAUUGACUUUUAUCAGAGUAGUAGAUUUACAAAGAAUUCCAGACUUUUAGAUUGUAAAAGAAAACUGUUUGAGUUAAUAAAAAAAUAAGAUUAUGUUUCACAAAAUAUGAGCCUUUCCACCAUUAAUGAAUGUAGCACAUUCCUACUCGAUGUAUUCUAUAAACUACACAUGUAUAUCAAGAGAAGUAAGCAGCCAUAUAUUUGUGUUUGUAAGUUUUAUAACAAAGAUUAGGUCGAUAAUUGUACUACAUCCCAGUGUUUGUUUUUAACACAUUAGCAUAUUUAAACAUUCCUCUCAUUUGUUACAUUUUAACUUUAUUAGUAUGCAUUUAUUAAGCUUACAAUUUCUUCUUUUAAAUAUUAUGAAUUUAUAAUAAAAUUCUAACCUAAAGCAGUACUUUUUAAUAGUUUUAUAGAAUUUUUUGGGUAGUUUAUUAUGGUUGACAGGAUAAAAGAAUUACAAGUCACCUUUUUUUCUGCUCAUCAGCAUUAUCAGGUCCCUGAAAACCAAUACAGAACUUUAGAGGCAUAAAUGUCAUCCACAUCAGUUCUGUAAUCUUUUUGAACAAUUUGAACCCUAAAGUAAAGAGGAAAGGUGAAUAUUAGAAAACUUUAAAGCUUAAAGGAAAUUGAAAUCAGGAUCAGUUCAAAUCUACCAGUAUUUUACAUACAACUUAACGAUAUUCUCAUAGUUUUGAUUUUGAAUAUUGAGUAGCCGUGUAUGAUUUUUUGUACUUAAAUAGUUAUGUUUUUCAAAUAAUCAUUUUAUCUGAUUUUAUGUUAAAUACAGGUGAUGAAAAUGGGAAGUAAAACUUAUUACUAAAAACAUUCAUAGUGUGGAAGACUUAAUCCUGUAAUGAAACUUCUUAAUACUUAAUCUUUUGUCACUGUUUCCACUGUUUUACUUAGUUACAAUUUCAGGACAAGUACUGUGUAUACAGAUGUAGCACUUUAACUUGGAGUCACACACAGUAUGGUUGACACUUAUGUAAAAGACAAAAUAAAUGACUGUAUUUUGAGCAAA